AUGGCUGAUACCAACACCCCCAAACCAGCAGCUCUGCAUGUCGAGGGCUCGGGCACAGCCACUGAGACCGACAAAAUCCAUGAUGGAGAUGCCGCUCUGGCUUUGUUUGAUACUCUGGACGACAUCCAGGACUUUGAGCCUGGCGAGGAGAAGAGACUGGUUCGCAAGAUCGACCUGAUGAUUCUGCCCUUUUUGUCGGUUUGCUAUGCGUUCUACUAUAUUGACAAAACCACACUCUCCUAUGCGGCAAUCUUUGGCAUCGAAGAGGACUUGAAUCUCUCGGGCACCGAAUAUUCGUGGCUGUCCAGUGUUUUCUAUUUUGGCUUCCUGGUCUGGUCUUUUCCAACCAACCUGUUGAUGCAGCGAUUCCCUGUCGGCAAAUACCUUGGAGCCAACAUCUUUCUCUGGGGGUUCUUCCUCAUGCUACAAGCGACUGCUAAAAACUUCACCCAACUCGCUGUGCUACGAGUGAUAUCAGGUGCGGCGGAGGCGUGCAGUGAUCCUGCCUUCAUGCUGAUCACCAGCAUGUGGUAUACUCGUCGUCAACAGCCUAUUCGGAUCGGACUGUGGUAUACGGCCAAUGGCUUCGGAAUUGCGGUCGGUGGUCUGCUGGGAUACGGCAUUGGUCAAAUCAAGGGAUCUCUUCCUUCGUGGAAAUAUGAGUUCUUGAUCAUCGGGGCGCUCUGCUGUGUCUGGGGCACUGUGAUGGUGAUCUUCCUCCCCGACUCCCCAGUCACAGCAAAACAACUGUCCGAGCGUGAGAAGAGACUGGCCGUUGAACGAUUAAGGGAUAAUCAGACUGGCAUCGAGAACCGAAACAUGAAGCCUCACCAGAUCUUUGAGGCUUUCACGGACUGGAAAGUCUGGACAUUCUUCCUCCUCGGUCUCACUGGAAACAUUCCGAAUGGAGGUAUCUCGAACUUUGGAACUUUGAUUAUCAAGGGAUUUGGUUAUUCAACGCUGGUCACGGCGCUGAUGCAAAUCCCCUAUGGUGCCUUCAUCGCAGUGAUGAUUCUACUCAGCGUCUUCAUCAACGACCGCCUGCCGCGCAACAACCGAUGUAUGGUUGCUGUUGUCUUUGUUCUCCCGACUCUUGCAGGCUCAUUUGGGCUCAACUUUGUUCCCCAGUCUCACAGUGUUGCGCGAUUGAUCUGCUACUAUCUGACCGGCUCAUACAAUGCUUCCUUUGUGAUCAUUCUUUCCAUCCUCACGGGAAACAUUGCCGGUCACACCAAAAAGGUCGUUACUAACGCAAUGAUAUUCCUUGGGGUCUGCACCGGAAACAUUGCAGGGCCAUUCUUUUACAAAGCCGAACAGGCUCCAGGCUACGCGCUGGGUAUUUGGUCGAUGAUUGUUGCCAAUCUCAUUGAGAUCGCCUUGAUCAUCUUCCUCGCCAUUGCGCUCGCUUGGGAAAACCGACGUCGUGACAAGGCACAGAAUUUAGCGGUCGGAGAAGACAACGACUUUGUUCGACAGCUGGAGUUGGAUCGGACGGCGUUUAGUGACCUGACGGACAAGGAGAACAUCAACUUCCGCUAUCUGUACUAG